GCUCGCAUGAACUCGGAGAGAAACUGCCACAAAAGUAUUGAUCUCAUCACGACAGUAUCGAUACUUGGUAUGGAUACUGUCGAUAUUUAGAUCGAUACGCCCAGCCCUACCAGACAUAACUACCCCAAAACAAUAUUUUCAAGUUUGACUCAUUAAUUUAGCAGUUACAGUGGGGUCACGUAUUCUGACGGCUGCUACUGUAGGCUACUUAUAAUAUAUGGUGACCUCAGAGGUACUGGCUCUGUUUUGCUCGUUUUGAUGAAAGUGAGUUUGUACCUCGUUGUUUCCCUCAGCACUCGUUUGUGAUUUAAUCCCGGAUGUUCGAAUCUGUUUUCUUUCUAACUUUACCGAAAUCCAGCUCUGUCCUCAAACACGUCUUUACAGGGCUAACAAGAUGAAAAUCUUCCUGUUGUUGCUUCUCUUCUGUCACGUCUCAUCUCCAGUGAAACACUCACUCAAGUUUUUCCUCACUGGAUCUUCUGGAGUCCCAAACUUCCCAGAGAUUGUGGCUGCUGGAGUGGUGGAUGAAGUUCUGAUUGGUUACUGCGACACCAAGAUAAAGAUAGUAGAACCCAAACAGGACUGGAUUAAAAGAAGUUUAGAAAACCAUCCUCAGCAGUUGGAGUGGUACACUCAAACAUGUUUGGAGAUUGAGCCAAACUUCUUCAAAGCUAAAAUAGAUAACUUCAAGCAACGCUUCAACAAAAGUGGAGGUGUCCACAUUUUCCAGGAGAUGAGUGGUUGUGAGUGGGACGAUGAGACUGGAGAGGUCAAUGGUUUUAAUCAGUAUGGUUAUGAUGGAGAAGACUUCCUAGCAUUGGACAUGAAGACAGAGACAUGGAUCGCUGCAAAACCACAGGCUGUCAUCAUCAAACAAAGAUGGGAUGCAGACAAAUCUAGAAUAAAACACAAUGAGAUUUACCUCACAAAGAUGUGUCCUGAAUGGCUGAAGAAGUAUGUGGACUACGGAAAGAUCUCUCUGCUGAGAAAAGAUCUUCCCUCAGUGUCUCUCCUCCAGAAGUCUCCCUCCUCUCCAGUCAGCUGCCACGCUGCAGGUUUCUACCCUGACAGAGCCAUGAUGUUCUGGAGGAAAGAUGGAGAGGAGCUUCAUGAGGACGUGGACCUCGGAGAGAUCCUCCCCAACCACGAUGGAUCCUUCCAGAUGAGUGUUGACCUGGACCUUUCAUCAGUCCCAGCUGAAGACUGGAGGAGGUACGACUGUGUGUUUCAUCUCUCUGGUGUGGAGGACGACAUCGUCACCAAACUGGACAAAGCAGAGAUCAGGACCAACAGAGUUGGUCCCCCAGAGUUCCCUGCUGGUGCUGCUGUUGGAGUUGCUGUAGGACUGCUGCUGCUGCUGCUGGCACUCUGCAUCUCUGGACUCUUCAUCUGGAGAAGGAACAAUAAUGGCUUCCGGCCUGCUAACAGGUGACAGUGAAGAUUAGAAGAGGAUGCUGAAGUCCACUGAGUGAAGAGUCAACAAAAUCUCGACAGUCCCUGCGUUCCAGUACUACCGUACUAUUUAGUAUGUUAGAAAAAAGAUUUAGUACAUCCCAGUAUGUCCAAUGCAGUUUGCCAAAAAAUACCGGAGGCCU